ACUAACAGAGGCCAGGGGGCAGGGAGGCGUGUUCUAAUCACCGGGAGACGCGAAGAAAUUCAUGGCGCAAGUUCUAAACCUAAACCCUCUCGCCUCAACCUUUGGCUCCUAUUCACUCACCGCUGCCCGCAAUCAAAAUGUUGACCGAAACUGGAGCUCUCUGCUGCACAAUCUCAAAUGUAACGGCAGAUUUUAUUGCCUUUUCUCAGAUAAUCGCAGAGAGGAAGAAGCUAGAAAAGCAUUAGAAAGUGCACUUGGCGGAAAGAAAAAUGAAUUUGAGAAGUGGAACAAAGAAAUUAAAAGAAGAGAAGAAGCAGGUCGUGGGGAUGGUGCUGGUGCUGGUGUUGGUGCUGAUGGUGGUGGUGGAGGUUGGUUUGGAUGGGGUGGAAGAUUUGGUCCGUCCAAUGGUGACCAUUUUUGGCAAGAAGCUCAACAAACAAGUCUAGCUAUUUUGGGUAUUAUUGUCACGUAUCUCAUAAUUGCAAAGGGCAAAUUGUUGUUGGCUGUCAUAUUCAAUCCAUUACUUUAUGCUUUGCGUGGAACAAGAGAUGGUUUCACCUAUGUAACAUCAAGAAUCCUGGGAAAGAGUUAUGUAGAUGGUCCUGCUGAUUCUUAUAAUAUGUUAAAGAGGGAAGCACAUGGUCAUGUUUCUGCUAAAGAGAGUGUUUUGAAAAAAUGGGGAAGCAAUUAAAAUUUUCUUGCAGGUUUGGAUAUCGCUUCUCUGUUCUUAAUGUCACUUGUGUGGCAAUGAUUAUUGCAUUUCAAUUGUAGUAUCCAGAAACACCUUUCCAUUUUGUGAAAGUUAAUGAAUGAGAUGGAAAUUGAAAGGUCAUUAAGAGUU